AUGGCUCCUUCAGCGACAGAACCGGCUGCCCAAGCCCCAGAAUCAGAAAACACAAUCCCACCACCUAAGCUCUACACCCCUCGAGAAACCCAUUUCGAGCGAUUCCAGAAGCCCCAGCCGGAUGGGUAUGCAGAAGCAGUAUCCCGCGGCCCGGAAGGCGCAGCGAUUGUGAUAGACAAUGGCUCCUCAGCCACCAGAGCAGGGUGGUCCUUCGAAGAUAACCCUCGAUUGAACAUCACCCCUAUCUUUUCCAAAUACCGAGACCGCAAAAUAGGAAAGACCUAUUCUUUUGUCGGCGAGGAUGUCUAUGCCGACACUACAGCCCGAGGACACAUGAGAAAUGCGUUUGAAGCCGGCAGUGGAAUUGUUAGUAACUGGGAUGUCAUGGAGCAGCUACUUGAUUACACGUUUAUUAAGUUGGGUGUCGACGGGGCGAAUGGAGCUGUUGAUAUGCCGAUUGUCAUGACGGAGACUGUGGCUAACUUGGCCUAUUCGCGGAAAUCUAUGACAGAGAUCAUUUUCGAAUGUUAUCAAGCGCCCUCCCUGGCCUACGGAAUCGACUCCCUAUUCUCAUACGAUUACAACGACGGCAAGACUGGCCUUGUGGUGUCCUCCUCACAUAGCUCAACCCACCUCAUUCCCGUAUUGAACUCCAAAGGAAUUCUAACCCAGGCCGCGCGAUUGAAUUGGGGAGGCUCGCAAAGCGCCGAGUAUUUGUUGAAACUCAUCCGUCUAAAGUAUCCAACAUACCCCGGGAAAAUCAACGCAUCUCAGACGGAAUACAUGGUGCGAGAGCAUUGCUAUCUGUCCAAAAAUUACGAGCAAGAAUUGAGUACGUAUCUCGAUUGGACAGGUCUCGAGGACCGAGACCAUGUCAUACAGUACCCGUAUACCGAAGAGGUCAUCAUACAAAAGAGCGAAGAAGAACUUGCCCGCAUAGCAGAAAAGCGCAAGGAGAGUGGAAGACGCCUACAGGAACAAGCAGCAAAGAUGCGUCUUGAUAAGCUGAUCCGCAAGGAGCAGGAGCUGGACUACUACCGCGAUCUCCAAUCCCGCCUUGCCGACCAGAGCAAGAAAGAAAUAAAACGCAUCCUCGACGCGGAAGAUUUCAAAGACGAAGCCGCCCUCGAAAAGACCAUUAAAGAGCUGGAUAAAUCUAUCCGCAAAGCGCGUACUAAGGAUGUCGGCGGUCCUGAAAUCGAAGAAGAAGUGGAGGAGCCGGAUUACAGCCUGCUCGAAACCCCCGAUGAUCAGCUUGACGAAGCCGGUAUAAAACAGAAACGGCAUCAGCGUCUCAUGAAAUCCAACAAUGAAGCGCGCGCACGGGCAAAGGCGGAAAAGGAGCGCGAGAAAGCAAGGAUUGCAGAGGAGCAACGACUUGACGAUGAGAAGAGGGAAAAUCACUUGGAAGCCUGGCUUGAAGAGCGUCGAGUGGCACGCUUGGAUCUGAUCCAGAAGAUAAAGGACCGAGAGCGCUUGAAGGCUGAUCUAGGGAAUAGAAAGUCACUGGCGAGUCAAAUGCGCAUGAAGUCAAUCGCGAACCUCGCAUCUGACACCCCUACGAAAAAGCGACGGAGAGGAGGAGACGACGAUACUUUUGGUGCAAACGAUGAUGAUUGGGGUGUAUAUCGUCAGAUCGCCACAGGCGAAGGGAGCGAUGACGAGGAAGAGGAGGAUCUGGGAACUACGUUGAAGAAUCUCGAAGGCGACCUGCUGAAAUACGAUCCGGAUUUUACGGACCAGCAUACACUCGAUGCGCAGACGGAUUGGACGAAAAGCCUCAUCCAUGCAUUCCUUAGGGGCCCGCGACCUUUCGAUCCAAAGAGCCAGGCUGAAGCCCAUCAGAUUCAUCUCAACGUGGAACGCAUCCGUGUCCCAGAAGUCAUCUUUCAGCCCAGUAUAGCGGGGCUAGACCAGGCGGGAAUCAUUGAUAUCGCUGCAGAUAUACUCACGCACCGCCUCGGUAACCUUCCUUCAGCAGCCGCACCUAGUGAUUUCCUGAAGGACAUCUUCCUGACGGGCGGCUAUUCAAUGCUGCCCAAUUUUGAUGAGAGGAUUAGAGAGGGGCUGAGGGCUCAGCUACCUGCUGGGGCUGAGAUUGCUGUGAGGAGGGCGAAGGAUCCGGUGCUGGAUGCUUGGAGAGGGGCGGCGAAGUGGGUUGGGGGAGGGUCAGGGUGGAAGAGCGCGAGGGUUACGAGAGAGGAGUAUCUGGAGAAAGGAGCGGAGUAUUUUAAGGAACAUAAUCUGGGAAAUGCUUAUUCGUGA